GCAAAGGUUGCGCCCAGCGCUCCCUCCAGGAGGCAGAGCCAGGCAGGGCAACUCUUCCCCGCCACCUCCUGACUCAAAGCCGGAUCUAUAGUAUCAGCGGCUGGAGGAGGAGGGAAGAGGUUUUGUGUGCCCCCACCCCCCGCCUUGCCUAGAGUUGCUUGUGAUCGGGGAGGUGAGGGAAGCGUUUUGGAGCCGGGAAUUGAUCGGAAACGGUAACGAAGAUUCAACUGUACAUACAAUCGCCCGAAUAUACAUGCAUAGAAUCGGGAAUGCAAGUGGUGAAUAAUCACAAAAGGCUAGAUUCUUCCAUCCUUGAUCACAGUACUUCCUGCAGGAAGUCAGGAGGACAGAGAGAGAGAGAGAGCACCAUGUCUUCAAUUGCAGCUUAUUACAAUGGAAAGACCGUACUCAUCACAGGAGCCACAGGUUUCAUGGGCAAAGUACUGAUGGAAAAGCUACUGCGUGCCAGCCCUAAUGUGGAAGCUGUUUAUAUCCUUGUGAGGCCAAAGGCAGGACAAUCAAUGCAGGAGAGAGUGGCAAAUAUGGUGAAAUCCAAGGUCUUUGACAGAGUCCGGGAAGAUUGCCCUAACUUCCAGGAGAAGAUUAAGCCUAUUAAUGCAGAACUCACUCAGCCAAAUCUGGCCAUCAGCGCCAAGGACUCGCAGGAGCUCCUGUCCCGGGUCAAUGUUGUCUUCCACUGUGCAGCAACAGUUCGCUUUGAUGAGCCUCUAAAACAUGCCCUGCUGCUGAAUGUCAUGGGCACACAACAGCUCUUACUGCUGGCCCGGCAGAUGCAGAAGCUCGAGGCUUUUAUCCACAUCUCCACUGCCUAUGCAAAUUGUAAUCGGAGAAAUAUAGAUGAAGUCAUCUACCCACCACCUGUUGAGACCAAGAAGCUCUGCGACUUAGUGGAGUGGCUGGAUGAAUCUAUCAUUCAAGAGAUCACACCCAAACUGAUUGGGGACUGGCCGAACACGUAUACAUACACCAAAGCCUUGGCAGAGUACCUGGUCCAGCAAGAGAAAGAGCACUUCAACAUUGCCAUCAUCAGGCCAUCCAUCGUAGGAGCCAGCUGGCAUGAGCCUUUCCCAGGUUGGAUUGACAACUUCAAUGGACCAAGUGGAAUUAUUAUUGCGGCUGGUAAAGGGAUUCUGCAAACUGUCAAAGUCAAUAAUGAUGCAGUAGCAGAUCUGAUUCCAGUAGAUGUCGUCAUCAACCUCAUCCUAGCGGCUGGGUGGCACACAGCAGUUCACAGACCAAAAACAAUGAUGGUGUACAACUGUACAACAGGUGGAAUCAACCCUUUCUGCUGGGGAGAUAUAGGAUACUAUGUCAUAUCCACAUUCAAAAGGAACCCCCUUGAGCAGGCCUUCAGAAUACCCAGGGCUCAGACAACCUCAAACCACCUGAUAAACCAGUACUGGAUAGCUGUCAGUCAUAAGGCUCCAGCCAUGCUCUACGACUUCUACUUGAGGUUAACAGGAAGAAAGCCCAGGAUGAUGAAGAUCUUCAAUCGGCUGCACAAGUCUAUGAUGCUUCUGGAAUAUUUCACCUGUCAGUCCUGGGAGUGGUCUUCAGAAAAUAUGAACAUGCUAAUGGCCCAGCUCAGUCCAGAGGACAGGAGAUUAUUCAACUUUGAUGUGCGUCAGCUGCAUUGGUCGGAAUACAUUGAAAAUUACUGCAUAGGAGCGAAGAAAUAUUUGCUGAAUGAGGACAUGUCUGGGAUUCCUGCAGCAAAGCAGCACUUACGAAAGCUAAGGAACAUCCAGUAUGCAUUCAACACCACCCUCCUUGUGAUCAUCUGGCGCAUUUUCAUUGCAAGGUCGCAGAUGGCUCGCAACAUCUGGUAUUUCGUUGUGAGCCUCUGCUAUAAGUUUCUCUCCUAUUUCAGGGCAUCAAGCACCAUCAGGCACUGAAAUAGUCAGUAGCAGCCAAAAGGACCUUCCUCUCCUCUAAACAUCUGGGCUUGAAAGUAGCAGGGAAUCCACCACCAACAGCUGCCUGCAGUCAAUGUGCCCUGUUACUAUGAUCACAAUUAUCUUUUUACUAAUGCUUUAAUAUGUGUCUUUCCUCCAUAGGACCAUGCUAAUUUUAAAGCCAUAAUGGAAGCUUUAGGCAUGGGUUGUUCUGGGUCUUUUGUCUAGAUUCUGGUGUGCAAGAGGAUGGAUUAACCAAAGCUGCCAUCUUUCCAUCCAAAGUCUAAGAGCUAGACACUCUCAUCCCCACCUCCCUCCUUAAUAUUUGCAGAUUUUAGUCUUAGAAAUUAGGAAAGGAAUAUGAUAAGACAAGAAAAUAUCAAAGAAAUGAAUCAGUGAGAGGUUUUCUUAAAUGCAGUUCACAAAUUCUAGCUCAAUGAAACCAACUGGGCCAAAUACGUUAUUAGAUUGUGAAACCACAUUUUCCAUGUCACUCAAAGCUAAGGGAAGUAAGGAAAAGUAAAUUGUGGAAGGCUGAUGAAUGUGGUUUAGAUGUCUAUCUCAGGUUGCCAAGAACUGAUGUUUUCAAGCCCUGAUUGAUGAGACAUACAGAAGCUGUGUACAUUUUUUAUCAGCAUGAACACACACACACACACACACACAAAGUGACUUUACUAUGGAGAGGAAUUAGUCUCUCUAUAAUUUGGCUUCCAUUAAAAAGCCCUCUUAUCACUUCUAUAGCUCUUGCUUGGAAAGUUUGUGUGGCCUGAGAGUUGUUGUAUUUAUGCUCAACAUGAAGGCGAACGCUUGUGCAAACCUUAAACAAAAUUAAUAAAGGUGUUUUUGAAUCAGUCAUUUUAAAAAAUCACCAUGCUUUGAAAUUCUGAUUUUUGGCGAACAUUUCUUUUGUCUAGCUGAAAAACAGCUUGUUACUACCCUUUCAAACUUUCCAUAUAGUUAAAUUCCCCUGAAAAUUCAUGCACCCGCUUUGUUGAAGAAAGUGUAAUUAAGCAAAGUUAGUGACAGUGUUUUAUGUGGAUCAUGCAGCCUGAUCUUGCUCCCAUGGAUGUCAGUCUGAGUAAUAGGCCCAGUCCUGUUUUCAUGGAUGACAAUAGGCAUUUUUCAUUGACUUCUGUUGGAGAGAAAUUGCGCAUAUCAGCUUGUUGCAGCUUAGCAGGCGGACAAGGAGUUGCAACUAGGGUCCCAUUGAAAGGCUGAUUUUUGUACCAAAAAAAGAUACAUUAUUAAGCUUUCAAUUUUUAAUGAUUAAGUCUCAUUGACUUUCUUUAAAUUUAGUGAAUUGACUGAGCAUUUGUUAAGAUUAAAAGACUUUAAAAUUACUCCUUUUUAAAAUGUUUGUAAGUUUCCAUUCUGUCUGCCCAAGCAAGUAACAUUGCAUCACAAAAUGUGAUACACAAGGCAGUUUUCAAGGCCAAAAAUAGUCAAACGUCUAUGAAGUGGCCAUUAUUUCAAAAUUAUACCUGCUUCUGACAGUGAAGGCAACAGAGGAAAAAAUCAUGGCCACAAGCAAUAUUUUUCUUUUAAAAAGUGAAAAGAACUAGUAAAGUUACCCCUCCUUCCGCAUCCUCUACAGGGCCAUUUUCCAAAUGAGAAUAACAGAGUUUAAACAAGUUGCCAAAGGAGGCUUUUAGUGGACCCCAGAAUAUAGACGCUCCUCCCCCAGCACUCUGAAAUGGUAAAACCAUUUCUUUUCUCACUAGACCACAGUACCUCUCAUACAGAUUGCUUCAAGUCUCUGUACUUAAGUCAAGUGUAAAACGGGCUACUAAUGCUUAACCACCUUUGUAAGGUGUGUUGAGAUCUUAGGAUGAAAAAGUGCUCUGUAAAUGCAAAACUUUGUUACAAAAGAUGGCUAUGUAGGACACAGAGGUUCAGUGAGGUGUCUAGUAGGCACUGCAUCCUACUGGCUUAGCUGCUGCUUGUGCAAUUAGGAGACGUGGUUUUCUAGCCUUGGAUCGGACAUGUCAUGUGCUAUGACUCUUCAGCAGUGUUUGAAGUGAAGGUGAGGUGCACUGUACUGGUGUGUAUCACUAACAUAGCUACCUAGUGAAUGCACCUAAAUUGUCAGGUCCACAUGGAAUGAGGCAGGGCUGUCUCUGCAGGAUCCAUUGUUAGCUAGUCCUGCACCACUCACUCCUUUAUUUUACUAAUCAGGUGACACGUUCACCCCACUGAUUUAACACACUAUCUUCAUUUACGGACACACAAGAGAAAAUGAAAGGUUAAAAAUAAACAAAACCUGGGUCAUUCUGAAAUCCAAAAAAACUUCAAAUAGCUAUGGCAAUGUUAAAUCUUACACUGCCCCCAUAAACAAAGGACCCAAUCCUUCAAUCAGAUGCACCAGGGCAAACCUUUCAGCUCACAUGGAGCUCCAUUGAAAGCAGUUGGGCUCUGAACAUAUCUGAUGUAAAGGAUCUAUGCCACGCAUAUUAUUUUCACAGAUUCUGAGUUAUAUUAAUCCCCACCAUCCCUUCUUUUGGCCAGACCUACUUGUGACUGGUCAUUCGCAUAUACUAUAUCCACCCCAACCAGUCUCUGUGUCUCCACAUGCCUUGAACAUGUCAGGACCCUUGUACCUGCAUAAGAAGCAGGAUGCAGUACAUUUCACACAGGAGGCUGAUGGUACCAAGUUUAAGUUUUUCCAGGCACCUUCCUGUUUUGCCAAAUGCAACCCUAGCAGGAAAGUGGGCCCUUUCUUUCUCACCAUUGAAGAGUAGCAGAGCUGGUUGGGGACAUUGCAAAAGCACAACUGUGACCACUUCUUCUUGUUCCAAGUGGCAAACUGUAUUCUGGAGAGCUUUCACUGUCUGCCCUGCCAUCCUCUUAGCCUCAUCCACAACUCUGAGGAACUCCAGCAUUGGCAGCGAAUAGCCCCUGACCUGUGUUGCCUUUCCUGAGUGGAAGACCAGGUUGCUAAUUCCUCUAAACCUGAUCAUAAGCAUGAUAAAACUUACAUCUUUAAUCCUCUCUUUAAUGUGGCUCAGAACAUCAUCUCUGAUUGGCUGAGAUCUUUCUGUAGACCAGACAAGGUCUCAUCAAGGACAACUCUGGCCAUGGUGUUCUGGUGCUUAUGUUGACCACCUGGUGGAAAUUCCUACUGAGCUUAGGCUUGCAGUGAUUUUUCCCUGGGCUCCUGAGAUCUUUACAACCUCACACCAAUGGUCUAUGGGACUUUUGCAAUGGUCUCCAAACCCUGUGCUCAUCAACAUACAGCCACUCUCUUUCAGUGAACUCAAAGCCCAGGGGAAGUUCUCUCUAAAAGGAAACAGAUGCUUGCUUCUCCUUUCCCUUCCCCCUCCUUUUGACAAAAUGAAGCCAAAUCCAGUUUAGUUUUUAUUUAUUUUUAAAAGUUGCAGUUUUAAAGAGGUCCUGUAGGAAAUCGUACUUUGGUUCAUUGGCAUUACACUUGCUGGGCAAAUAACUGAUUUUUCAGUUUGGUGGCAGUUUUGGAAAAGAAAUUGGUUUGGGUCAAGGAAUGUGACAUUUUUGGGAAUUUUUGGUGAAUUAAAAAACCUACUGUAGGUCCCUUCUCCAGCAGGGAUUUAAACCACAGUCUCCCACAUCCCGUGUGAGUGCCCCAACCACUGGGCUAAAGAGUAUAAGGGAGGGUGGCAAGAGCAACACCACCAUCCCUUUCUCUUCCUGCUAUGGCCAGAAUUAUUGGUGUCACAUUUGUGACUAGGCUGCAUUUUUUGUUGAAUAAACCAUUAAUCAAACGAAUUCCAUCCAGUGCUGAGUCAUAAAUAUACACGACUCACCCGGAGCAAAGUUUGUAGAAAUUGGCCCAUAGCAUCUUUAUGAGCGGAGGCCAAUUGGGCUAGAGAUUUUUGCAGAGGCAGCGUGUUUAGUCCUGUGCAAAGCAGUGGCUUCACUUUCCUUGUAUCUUGUUGACCAAUCACAGAGCUACAUCAAGCUUCUUUUCACCAUGGGUGGGACUCAAGCAAUAGCCUAGAGCCAACCUAGAAUCUUCCUUGCUCCCCCGCUGCCCUUUAUGAACAAGCAGCUUUGAGGACAAAGCUGGUGGUCACAUACUGUACAAUCAUGACAGAUUAUUUGCCACAGCAUCACAAAACAGGAUAGGAUCAGUUACCAUUUGUACCCAGUGGACUUACCGUGCAGUUACCACCUCAUAUUGUGACAGAAUACUGCAGAGUUGUCAUAGUUACUCGGGAAACUAACCUGUGACACGCUGAACCUGAUGCACUCCUGUUUUAGUCAAGAUUAUACACGCCUAUCAGGCUAUAGCUAUAAGCUGAGUGGUAUGUAGAAGCCAUGGAACGCUGAAUAUUGUUUCAUUGUCAAAUGAUUUCUAUGUUAUAUGGAGUCUGUCAUAAGCUGUUAGCUUUCAAAUAACAAAUUGUAUACUUUAAAUUAAACUAAAUACCCCUGCUAAAAAUCCCCCAAAUUAAUCUGAACAUGCCAUUUGACUGACAAGUCAAUUUAUUUCUAAAGAAUUUGCUGCAAAAUGAGAUUUUUCAAUACAUUUACAGGAAAACUUGACAACCAGGCCACAUUUCUUGGGGGCACUUUUGGUCAGCUUUUGCUGCUGCAUUAGGUACUUCUCAUGAUGUUUUCAAGGCAACCUCUGCGGGGCUGUGGGGGGGUACAUAUCUGUAUGCAUAUGUAUACAUUUUCAGCACCAAUCAUCUCACAUGACUUCCAGAAACGUUGCAACUAUCUGAUCUUUUUGAAAGGCCAGGCCAUAACCAUUUACUAUGUGCUUUUCUAAAUCAAAUUAAUAUGAAGUCAAAACCCCCACCCUAAUUUCCCAGGUUAAAAAACAAAACAAAAAACUCCACCAGUACUGCUAAAUAAUCAUUCAUGAAACCUUAUGCAACUUGGAAAAGGUGUGGGGGCGAGAGGACUUUUUGUUUGUUUGUUUUUAAAUAAACUGCAGCUUCAUGAUUUAAAGCAUGUUGUUGCUUCUCCUGCACUGAAGUUUUACUGCAGACAACAAGAAUGAACUUGUUGUUCAACUGGGCUUUGUAUUCUAGCGCAGAAUAGAUAAUAUAUUGUACAUUCCCAGCAAAUGUAUCAGUAAUGAUCUUGCUAAAUGGUGCUACACCUUGGUAAGAAGGUGGUUAAAAACUUACUUAAGGGCAAAUAAAAACGUGUGCAUUAGGAGUAAUUUAACAGAAUUAAAAAAGGUACUAUCCCAGUUUCUCAGUUACUAAAGAAAGACAUUGUGAUAUUUUUUUCAACGAGUACCAUAGAAAAUGAAACUGCUUACAUAUCAUUUCUUGAUCCCUAACAUAAUCUUGACAAUAGAAUGAACCCUCUUUAUAGCAAAAUAUUUACUGUCCCACUGCCCAAAGUUUAUGUGGUUAUAACUGAUAUUUCUAUACACUUUUCCCUAUGAGACAAUUUACUGUUAUAAAUGUUACUUAUGAAGUUUCUGAUUCAAAAAUGUAAUGUUUUGAGCCCUCAGUGUCAAAGUUGUAAGGUCACAGAAUACAAGAACCUCAGCCAUAAAAUUGCUAAUAUUAAUUUUAUGUUAUUUUGAACAUUUAAUAAAAUACUUUAAAACA